GGUCUUGAACGAACGACCCCAUCACGACGAACUGCCAGCUGGAAGAUUACCGGCAAACGCUCGGGCAAAAAGUUCGGUUCGGAUUUCGCAAGCUGACGCCGCUGACGCAGAGAGAAGUGAAGCCGAUGUUGGCGAGGUGGCGUUGGUGUUGCCAGUGUUGCAAUGAACAGCUGCUAGGGGAGCGACUGGCACGUUUCUUGUCGCGAGCAAUUUCCAGCCUCACUACGCGCUCUCGCUUUUCCUGCUGCUCUGUUUUCCUUUUCUUUUUUUGUACAGCAUGAACUGCUUUUCACACUCCACAGCCGUUGUGAUUCUAGCUGUCAUUAGAUUGACAUGAAAGCCAAAUGGUGAUCGAGUAUCUUGCUGUGUCGUUCACGAAAGUGUAAAAUUCACCAAAUCGUACUUCGCUUGCAAUUGUAGCAAUGCGUCGAGCUUUCAUCACUGCGCCCAAGUUGUUCGCUUACUGGCAGAAGGUGUUUGGUCAUUCAGGUAUAACCGUUGAGGAAGCCGAGGUGUCAUUAAAACAAAUUCUUGAAAAAGUUACCGGUGGACGUAAACCUAGAAAACCAUUUCCUGUCACGCGUCUGUCGCAAAGCCAAGUAAAACACUUCAAUGAAUGCUGUCGAGGGCGUGCUACCAGACUGCCUCUACAAUAUGUUCUGGAAGAGUGGGACUUUCAUCAGAUCACACUCAAGAUGCGGCCACCGGUUUUUAUCCCAAGACCAGAAACUGAGGAGUUAGUUGACAUAGUACUGUCACAUACCAAGCAUCAUGUCACUGAAAGUGGCAGGUCGGAUGUAACCGUUUUUGAAGUUGGAUGUGGAAGUGGUGCUAUCAGCUUGGCACUUGCAUCUGCAUGCUCCAAGAUAAAAUGCAUCGCAAUUGACAAGAGUGUUCAUGCAGUGAGGCUUGCACGUGAGAACGCAGACAGGCUUUGUCUUGGAUCCAGAGUUGAGAUUUAUCAUGCCGAGCUAUUAGCAGAUGGCUCUAUUUUUACCACAGAAAGCUUUCACAGCCUAGGUGAACAGCCACUGGACGUCAUAGUCAGUAACCCUCCAUACAUAAAAACUGAUGAGAAGGAUAAGCUUGAUCCCGAAGUUUGCAGGUUUGAAGACCACAAUGCUCUCUUUGGAGGCCAUGAUGGCUUAAAUAUAAUUCGAAGCAUUUUGAAGUUCUCCUUGGGGCACCUCAAGAGCAAAGGGCAGAUAUUUUUAGAAGUUGGGCUGUUGCAUCCUCCCAUCAUCAGGGAUAUUUUGAACUCCAAAGAAUACCAGGCACUGAGGCUUAUCAAGGUCCACCCUGACUUUACAAAGCGAGAGAGAUUUAUACAUUUAUUACUAGAAACAGCCUUCCAAAAAUAGAAUAUAAUUAUGUCAUCACUCGUUUAUUGUACAUCUCUCGUGUGGCAGCAUUUAAAAUAUUGCGAUUGUUGUGCAUUUAACAUAUAUUCUAUGCAUUACUUCUGGACACUAGUAAUAGCAUUUAGGACUGUAGUAAAAUAAGUAAACAGAAUACUAAAUGUUCUGCAGACACACAAUAUUGUGCAACGAAGAUACACCCUGCAGUCAAGAGUGUUGGGUAGAGCCCCGCUGUCGUCUGGCCUUUUCAACAACCUUCUUAAUUUCCCUAUUCUUUGUGUUGUGUUUGUCUAUUUGUGUGCACAUUUCAGCUUAGUUGCUAUCCAGAAUGCAUAAACAUGGAUUGUCUAGCAUAGCAGAUGGGUGGUUCCACACCAAAUGAUCCAGAGGAGUCACUCGCUCCUUUAACCUCUCAGAUACGUUUAUGUAGCAGUUUAUUUAUUUAUUUGAACAUACUGCAGUCUCACUCGAGGCAGUUUAUGGUCCCUUCCCAGUGGUUAUUUUAAAUGGUGCCUCGGGGCCUCUGUUGUGCAACUUGUGCAACACUGUAGCAUUUAUCAGCGAAUGGAUGAUGGCAUUUUCUCGUCAGCCUCCUCACCCGCAGGAGCAAUGCUGCACCAGAGUUGAGGAAGUUACUCGACAAAAGGAACUCAUUACAAGUUAAGUUACUGCGUGCAAAAUGUAAUGGUUACCAGUAAUGAAAAUGAACUUGGAGUUCCUAAGUUACUUUGGAAAAAUAACGAGGUACUUUCAAGUUACUUUUUACCUAUAUCUACACUUUUUAGUCCUUGACAUUUCCAUAAUUGAUUCAGAUCUUAAUUUCACAAUAUGUGGUGCAAGACAUUUUACUAUACUACUUUUGCUGCAUCAAAAUGGUACCGGUAUUUAUAUAAUGAAAUAAGCAUAUGUCUAUGUGCUUCUCUUGAUCAUUCUGUUUCCGUAAUAAAAUUAUUCAACGGAGCAGAAAGCAGGCAUCAGAAUUUUAGGUUCUAUGGGUGGUUGUCCUCUCGCAUUGAUAAUACAGCAUAAGUGCAGGCAAGCUGGUGGAUAAAUUCCAUAGUUGAAGAAGCCUGAGCAUAUUUCAUAGAACCGCACCAAGUGUGGCAUCUAAUCUUGAUACACAGUGGUCAUCAUAAAUACACUGCUCAUCGCUGUGAUGAAUGCCACCUGAGUAUAUGGCCAGAACACAAUUUGCAGAGUUCACCGCGCAACGACGAGGGCGCAAAGUCAGCUGCGCCAUGUACACACACGUGACUGCCGUACCCUUGGAGGGGGACGACGCAGCAGCUUGUGUUAUUUGUAGACCAGAAUUGAACAAAGGGAACUCGGAACUUAUUUCAUGUUACUUUGACACAGUUCCCUAAAAAAGGAACGAGUUCCUCAAGACGUUACCGAAGUUCAAAAGCAACGAGUUAAGUUACCGAAAAAAGUAGCUUAGUUACAGUAAUGAGUUACCCCUAACACUGUGCUGCAAACAGCCAUCUAGUCACUGGUGAUAAGGGUCAUGAAAGUUUUCCACAUAAUUAAAAUAUAGGUGCAGAUUCCAAUGAAACAUUACAUUUAGCAUCCUUUUUAGUAACACCUUUUGGUCAAAAAUUCCUACCGAGGAGAGAAAAUAUUUGUCUUCAAUCACCCACUACUUAUUAACAAUGCAUGUUUUAAAAAUACUAUGCAGAAUGGUGUAAUCAUCAUGCCACUGAUUGGAAUCUAAAGCCUAGUUUAAUAACAAAUAUGCUAAGACGUGACAUUGGUGGUACCAGCAGUGUUUUGUUGUGCUUUUCCUUGUCUAUCUUGCUCUGAACUUUUUUGUUUCUUCUCUUGUGCUACUGGUCCAAGAUCCAGUACUUCAAUGAGGUGUUUUCGACCAAAUGGUGGAGGACCAAUCAACUGCUCUAUAUCAGCAUAGUUCAGUACUUCUCGCUUCAAAAGUUCUUCAGCUAACUGGAAGAAGAAAAAAAAACAGCAUUGUCAAAGACUGUAGAACCACAACAGGAGGUGAAUUACAACUUACCAACUUAAGUUUGUCACUGUUCUCCUUUAAUACUGUCUCUGUUGUCUUGUAUGCUUUUGCUACAACGAGACGUGCUUGCUGCAUGCCAGAAAAAGAGUUAAUUGGGGACAGCACUAUGAUGGUUUGUGCGGUAAUGCAUCAUGGUAGAACACAGUAUUUAUGGGCUAGGCAGUAAUCUUCCAUAUUUAUUUAGUAAGCUAUGCUACAGGCAGGGAGAAGGCAGCACCACAGAGGGUGUGUUGCUUGUGACUGACAAACUUUAAAUGAAACUUUCAUCAGUUGUUCUGUCCAGUAUACAGGUGUUCAUGUAACGCGGUGCUUUGUUGCUAACAGAAUUACGAUGGAUACUAUUAUGAGCAGUGGAGAAAAUGCUCAGUACCUAAACACACUUGGGCACAAUUGUAAGAUUUGAUCAAGUGUGAACUUCAUGAGCAUUUAUCAAUACUUAUGUUCUCAGUGCUUAGCUCAAGUUAUAGAGCCUGCCAUAUAAGAGAACACAGAGGGCUGCAGUAUAGUUGGCCCUGGUUCUGAGUGGAGAAAAUUUUGGUUGCAGCGAAUUACACAGACAAACACAAAUUUCAGCAAACCAUGCUGUGCACUCAUAUGCACUCCGCACGAUUGGCCUCUACCCCAAGGUGAACCAGGGCAAUAUUACAGGUGGGGCAGAGCAGAGAGGAACUAUUGGUGGAAGGCACUUUUUCAGUCUAGGGGCAGUAUAACUGCAAAGUUUCUGCAGUACUGAUAUCGCAUGUGUUACUAUCGAACAUCAGUAACUGACAAGUAGUUACCUCAUCUAUUGUAUGUGCUAAUCUCCUACUGUACGGCUUUCGUCCUACCACACCUGCACCAUUUUUGUCUUCCUCUGGGAAGGACAAGGGACCAAUUACGGGGUCCAUUCCAUAUUGCUGAAUCAUGGCAUAUACCAUUUUCCUCACUUUCUUGAGGUCAUCCUCUGCACCUGGACAUGGGAAUAUAACAUUGCACUAGAAACUCUAGUGACCACCAAGAUGAGUGGAUAAAGUAAGCUCACCAGUACUGACGCGAUUAAAAGUCAGGGAUUCUGCUACCCUUCCGCCAAGUGCCAUGCACAUCUUCUGGAACAACUGUAAGCAUGCACAAGACAAAUUCUUAAGCGCUUGGACACCCUAAAUCCCCAUACUCUCUUGCACAUGAAAUGUAAUUGCAUACUGUACUGACCUGUUCAUAAGUGUACAGCUUCUGGUCAGAGGGCAAAUACUGAGAAAACCCCAGUGCGUUUGUUGUCCGUGGGACUAUAGAAACCUAAAUAAAAGAACUACUUAAGAAAAAAAAAAAAGUGCCAUGCUCAUGUCGGUUAGGGUGGGUUCACACGAGGGACGCAUCCCCAGGAUAAGUCUGUCGAUGAUGUAAACGUCAAAGCCUACGUCAUCAAAAUGUGCGCCUUCUCCGGUCCGCGGAGGACUGGAAUCCCACCGCGGACCAUUCGUCUCCGACCUACAAACGGUCCCCGUGUUGGCGGGGGACUUGAGGAUGGAGCAACGUCUUUUGACUGUUUUUUUUUUCCUUUUCUUCUUCUUUCGACAGGCUGUUUUACAGCUCUGACCACUGAAGCAGAGGGUAUUCGAAGAACAGCUUAAUAAAAAAAGAGGAAUCGUGUACGGGCCUUCACGAAGCAAGAAAAAAUUGCGAAAACGAGGGUUUUGCUACGAGCAAGCGGAUCUCCAAAUACGAUACCCACUAUAGCACGGCGUGGAAAUGUGACCUUACUGCACAAUAGAACAACAACAGAUAAAUUAUGAUUAUGACUAUUAUGAUUAUGACAGGUUUUGCAUAUGCAUUUGUCGCUUUGUACUGUAAGUAGCUUUUACUACGUGUCCAGACUCGAGAACUCACAGUUGUCUGUUUCCUUUGCUGAAAACUCAGUGCAGUUCUUUCUUUUCAACGAAGUGGACAUUUUAUGAUUCCGCGGCAGGGCAACACUGCUCGUACGCAAAGGCCUCGACCGCGAAAUAUGUCUUGUCAUCGACGAUAGCAGUUUCUUAUUUCGUUAGUGCAGUGGUUCCCUCCAUUGUGGAAUGCUGGAGGUGCAAUGUACCGCAACGUACAAAGUGUCAUUUUUUCUGUUCAACCACAGUGUAGAAAAGUGAGAAAACUCGUUCAUGCAGCCUGAUAAGUGUUGUUGGAGACGGACUUAUCUGCUCCCAUCCCUCAUCCCGAGUGAAUGCCCGGCGGGGACGGGGACUUCUCCGUCCACGUGACGUCACCGCCCGCCGCGGACUUAUCCCGGGGAUGCGUCCCUCGUGUGAACCCACCCUUAGUCACAAGCUACACUUACCUUCAUGAGGGCAUCUGUAUGUUCCAAUAGCCAUCCAACAAGUGCAUGGCCACAUUCAUGAUAGGCCACUACUUGCUUUUCAGUUAAUGACAUAACUUGACUUCUUUUUUCAGUUCCUAAGUACAUUUUGGUUACAGUAUGAGUGCACUGCAUCUGUGCGCAGUUAAAUGUAGAAGUAUUGCACGAUAAAUAGGCUCGGUAGCCCGCCUACCUCCAACAACUCUUUCAACUGCAUAUUCCAGAUUUCCAGCUGAGACUACUUUCUCCUUGUUGCGAGCAGCAUGCAGUGCUGCUUCGUUGCACACAUUUGCAAUGUCUGCUCCUGUAUGGGUGACCAUAAAGUGUAUUUUUCCUUCUUGAUACACAUUUGUAAAGCAAACUCAAAUAAAUGCUGCAGCACAUGCAAAGAUUAGAGAUAUUAGAUAUGCAUAUGAAUAAUGUAUCUACAUCUAUUGCUAGAAUAUGCUAGUUAUCAUCUGCCUUGAUUGAAUCUUAUUUAUGUUGCCUUACAUAAUUUGGUACUCCAAACCGCUGGAUGUAAAGGGACACUGAAGAAACAAAUAAAACAGAAUAUUCUUCUGUA